AUGGAAUUUUUCUACAGAAAAACUUUUAAGGAUGCCAAACGUAAAGCAGAAGAGCGAGAAAAGAAGAAGGCAGAAGUGCGUAAACGUCUUGAAGAAGCGGGAUCUAAGAAGAAGUCCAAAAAAGGUUUCCUGACACCAGAAAGAAAGAAGAAACUUCGAAAGCUGCUUAUGAUGAAAGCAGCUGAAGACCUGAAACAGCAACAACUUCUCAAAGAGCAAGAACGGCAAAGAAUUCUUGCACAGCGUACCAUUCCGCUUCCCAGCAUCGAUGAUGUUGAUGACCACGAAAAGCUGGAAAAAAUCUACAACGAUCUUUUUGAACAUAUGGUUAAAUUAGAGGAGGAAAAAUAUGAUAUUAAUCAACUGAUUAACGAGCUCACGAUUGCCGUCAACGACUUAAGGGGCAAAUUUGUAAAACCUACGUUGAAAAAGGUCUCCAAAUAUGAUAACAAAUUCAAGAAGAUGGCUGGACAGAAGAAGGAAGACAAACAAGACUUCCGUGCCAACUUGAAGGUUGUCAAGAAGGAGAACGUUAUUGAAAACCUCGUUAACAAAAAGAAGCCAGACAAGCCAGAAUGGUCAAAGAAGGCUGAAAAGAAGGAAGGUGAAGGAGAAGAAAAGGCUGAAGAAAAGCCAGAGGAGAAGAAGGAAGAAGCAAAACCAGAAGAAGCUCCAGCUGAAGAGGAAGCUGCUGAAGAAGAGGAAGAAGCAGAAGGUGAACGGUUUUUUCUCUCUUCAUUUCGUCCUCUUUAUCAAGAUAAAUAG